CAUGUUGCUGACUAUAUGAUUAAGAGAAAUAUUCAUAUUUUAAUUAGCAUAAUAUUAGUUCAGAUGGAUAUGAAUCGUAGACAUAAUGGUGUGAUUGUUCUUUUGAUGUUGGAGAUUUUACUGUUUACAAAAUCGGGAUUAUGCGCAGUUUCAUGUCCAAGCGGUGACGCCAUAGGCACGGUGCGUGACGGUCAGACAUGCGCUGUAUUGGUGGCGGCUAACAACGGCGAGUGUUACGACGCCGCGUUUGAAACGCAGUGCUGUGAUUCCUGUAACGGAGCGGAGACGACAGACACACAGUGCAGGUACGGGGACAGAGCUUCCGCUUGUUUGUCUUUGCUCUGUAUAACAUACAAUGACCCAAGUGAAUGUUGUGAUACGUGCAACGUUGCCGGGCCAACAUCACAAACUGAGCCACCGACAACUGUUACGUCACAAGAAACGACUACUUCUUCUACUACAACAACAACAACACAGACGGUGACGUCAUUAAUGAAUGCUGUGACGCAACAAGAAGCAACAACAUCCUCAGAAGUAACUGAAGAUUCCCCGCGGAAGUUAACAGGUGGAGAGAUCGCGGCUGUGGUGAUAUGCUGUAUUGUUGUGGCAGGCCUUACGCCACUGGCAGUUUUUGGGAUUCGCAAGUGGUUGACCAGAAGAACAAACAGAAUACAAGAUGGUAGCAAACAAAAUAUAGUUGAUGACAAUAUGAAUCAAGAUGAGACACAUCCUCCACCAAACAGCGGAGACACGCCCCUGAAAGUGAACGGAUACUUAAUGCCCGUGAAUACGAAACCUCCCGGCGACACGCAUUUACCAAGGGAGACAACCGUGAUGGGAGGUACCACACGGGGACCAUCUGAACAAUCAGGGUUACCCAACGGGGCACAGUACGAAAACAUUCAGCAUUCGGACCAGAUUCACUGUGUUUCGGAACUAGACAUUGGUGUGUCAAAUGAAGUCAAAAAGAAUCUGUUUAACAUGCCUCUGCCACCGAUAGAUUCGGGGACGACAACUCAUAGUGUGACAGUAUGAAAAUAAUCAUACAUGCAUGUGUAUGACUGAUUCAGUGAUGAAUCUUAUCGGAAAAUUGUCUCAUGGUUUUGGGCUGACUUUACGUCCCAUAUGUUUAUAUUGUUAUUUAUUACAUAUUUAUUUCAUGUAUUUCCUGACAUUAGAAAAUGGCAAAUCUUUUGUAAUUUAAAGGAAAUUGAUAAACAUGUACAUACACUAUUUAAAGAUGACCACAACUGUCUUUGAAUUUCGGUAUUGCUAACCCAACCAGCGUGCCUAUAAUAAUUAUAGGUUUUCACAAUAGAGUACAUGUAUGUAAAAUUCAUCAAAACUAUUAUAUAAUACACCAGCCCAUAGAAUCAAACGUAUAUUUAUAUCCCGGUUUUCGAUGUCGUACCCUAUUAACUAUUAAAUCAGAGUUUCAACACGGAAGCAGUAACUGUAAUAUACAUUCCGUUUUCCGCGGGUCGCACAGAUAAAUACUUAAACCAGUUGAUCGAAUGUGGCUGCAAGUAAGGAUAGGCACCUCGUGGACGUAUCUACCGAGCGUAUUUCAUAGAUUCAUAGAUUCGUCCAUAAGGGUGUUCAUCCGACUAAGACCAUGUGAACUAAAAGUUUAGUUAUUGUUCUUCAAGAGUCAAAUAUCAUGGAUAUAUCAUAUUACAUGAUAGUACUUAUACCGGAAACAAAGCGUAUUUUUGUUUGGCUUUAGUUCACGUGGAUUGUAACCGUGUACUUGAAAGAUGAAAACGCACAUUUUUUUCAAAUGACUGGUGGGUCCUAAAAGAUUAACAGUGAUCAACGAUCGUCUCAUAAAGUAGAAUACUUUGUUUUGUGCACCUUUUUUCAAACUAAUCACGGUAUCCUUCUUAAGAACCAUUGUCUUCGAUAUUUAUUCAUCCUUUUCGCUAAAUUAAAACAAUUGUAUUAAUUGUGGUACUGCUAAUCUGGGAGUAGGAGUGCAUGUUUUACAGGUUCACUUAACACUAACCUUCAAAGAAACAUGGAUAGAAGAACAAUUUUGUUAUAAUUUAUGAAAAUGUAAACUAAAACAUUCUGUAUUUAUUACAGUUUAUGAUGUAAUUAUAUAUCACAUAUCCGUGUUAAGGUAAUGGAAUAUCCCGUAAUAAUACAAGCCCAUUAAUUUCAAAAUUGUAAUAAUAAAGCUGAAUUCUAUUCAAUCAUGUUUUUUAUGUUUUAAACUGCCAACAGAUGUGGGUUUUGUUAUGUAAUACAAAGCAGCACUCAAAUGAAUGUUACUUAAGAUGAUACUGCGUGCCGGGUUACUAUGUGCUACAAAAUAAU